CUGCACCCUCCAGCCACCAAUUAGCUCUUCCUGGCUCUGGGGCCUCUGAGUGUCAGCAUGGCGCUGAGCAUGGUUCUUGUCAUUUUGAGCCUCCUUCCACUGCUGGAGGCCCAGAACCCAGAACACGCCAAUAUUACAGGAAUACCUAUUACCAACGUCACCCUGACCUGGCUCUCUGGAAAAUGGUUUUAUGUCGGAUUUGCUUCACACAACCUUGAGUUCAAGAAGGAAGCUCAAAAGGUCCAGUCAGAAUAUUUUUACUUUACUCCAAACUUGACAGAUGACACUAUUCUGCUUCAAGAGCACCAGACCACGGAGGGCCGGUGUGUCUAUAACUCCAGCCAGUUGGGAGUCCAGAGAGAGAAUGGGACCCUCUCUAGAAAAGGAGCAGUAGAAAUCAUUGCCCACCUGACAGUGCUCAAGAAACAUGGGGCCUUCAUGCUGGCCUUUUCCCCAGAGGAUGAGAAGAACAAGGGACUGUCCCUUUAUGCUGACAAGCCAGCUAUUGCCCCAGAGCUGAAGGAAGUAUUCCAGAAGACUGUCAAAAGUCUGGGCAUGGAUGAGUCAGAAAUCAUAUAUGCCGACUGGGAAAAGGAUGUGUGCAGUCAGGAGCAGGAACAUCUUGAUAUGAAGAAGAAGAAGAAAGAGAAGGAUCUCUAGGAAGGCCGGGCAUGGGCUCCACUCUCUACUCCUGGGCUGUUCCCACACCCAGCCCUUCCACCCUGUGCACCUUGGUUCUUUCUCUGCACAAUAAAGGUUUGGUGAAG